UCAUCAUAACUUAAGAGAGGAUUGAGUGAUUAGUUAGAAUGGCUAGUAUGAGGCUUAUUUAUGUGUAUUUGAUGGUGUUGUUUGUGAAAAUCAGAAGCUGCUAUGGGAUGAGCAAGUGCUUAUUGCCUGAGAAAAACGCAGGCUUGUACGUAUUUGGAGAUUCAUUGUUUGAUGCAGGAAUGAAUAACUACAUCAACACCACCUCUGAUUAUCAGUCAAACUUCCCUCCUUACGGUCAAACCUUCUUCCACUACCCAAGUGGCAGAGCCUCUGAUGGUCGUGUCAUUCCUGAUUUUAUCGCUGAACAUGCCAAGUUGCCACUGAUUUUUCCAUACAUGCAUCCUGAUGCUGAGCAAUACUAUACGUACGGCGUAAAUUUUGCAUCUGGAGGGUCCGGUGCUCUCGUUGAAACUGCCCAAGGACUUGUGGUAGACCUGCAUACACAGGUGAGUUAUUACAAGAAUGUAAGAAAUGUUCUGAGGAAGAAAAUGGGGAAUGAAGAAGCCAAAACCUUCUUGUCCGGAUCUGUGCACCUAUUCAGCGUUGGAUCCAAUGACUAUGGAGCACGUUUCGUCACAAAAUCCAGUGUUCUUCUCCGUUAUUCUAAACAGCAGUUCGUAGAUAUUGUGAUUGGCAACCUCACAAAUGCGAUCAAAGAAAUUUACAACCUGGGAGGAAGGAAGUUUGCGUUUGUGAAUAUAGGUCCAAUAGGAUGCACUCCGGUGAUCAGGUAUUCCGUAAAAGGGAAUAAAUGUAACGAAGACAUGACAGAAUCUGCAAGGCUACACAACGUUGUACUUCCAAGAAUGCUCCAGAAACUUGAGAAAAAGCUCGCGGGGUUCAAAUACUCAGUCUUCGAUUUCUACACCUCAGCUUCUCAAUUAAUGAAACACCCUUCCAAAUAUGGAUUCAAAGAAGGACAAGUGGCGUGCUGUGGAGGAGGAGCAUACAGGGGAGAUGACAGCUGUGGAGGAAGAAGAGGAACAAGAGAGUAUGAGUUAUGUGAGAAUGUGAAUGAAUACGUGUUCUUCGACUCUCCGCAUCUCACUGACAAGGCCAAUCACCAUAUCUCCAAUCUCAUGUGGUCCUCCAAUCUCACCUUCAUUCAGCCUUACAAUUUGAAGCAACUCUUCCAACUUUAAUUUCUCCGUUGAUUCAUUAUUUAGUAAUAAAUGUUUGCUUCCCAUGUUUGAGAUGAAGCUGCUUGUUGUAAUAAAAAAUUUAUAGUUAGUUAAAUCAUGUUUAUAUUUUUUUCCUUCCCAGCUAAUACGGAUUUUAGGCUUUUAGCCCUCUAA